CCCCGAGGCCGCGCACCGCCAUCUUUGUUAGGGGCAGCCGGCCCGUCUCCGAGAUGCCGAAGUCUUGUGCAGCCAGGCAAUGCUGCAACCGCUACAGUAGCCGCAGGAAGCAGCUCACCUUCCACCGGUUUCCAUUCAGCCGCCCGGAGCUGCUCAAGGAGUGGGUGCUCAACAUGGGCCGGGCCAACUUCAAGCCCAAGCAACACACAGUCAUCUGCUCCGAGCACUUCAGACCCGAGUGCUUCAGCGCCUUCGGGAACCGCAAGAACCUCAAACUCAAUGCUGUGCCCACUGUGUUUGCUUUUCAGGACCCCGCGCAGGUCGGUCCUGAGGUGGGGGCUGGUGGGGACAGCGCAGUGGAAGAGUCUGAGUCUCCAGACACUGAAGGCCCCGAGAAACAGGCCUCACCAGAGAGAGCAGCAAUGGAGGCUCCCGGCCUCCCAGCCAGCCCCACGGGGUUGAGAAGGCCCCUUCGGGGACAGCCGUCUGACCACAGUUACGCCCUUUUGGACUUGGAUACCCUGAAAAAGAAACUCUUCUUCACGCUGAAGGAGAACAAGAGGCUCCGGAAGCGCCUGAGGGCGCAGAGGCUGCUGCUUCGGAGGACAUGUAGCCGCCUGCGAGCCUACAGAGAGGGGCAGCGGGGACCACGGGCCAGGCGGCCGGCACCGGCGCAGCGGAGCUGAGGCUGAGCAAGCCCUGGUCGUGGGGACGGCGGCAACACUGGCAGGAAGUGGUUCUCUGCUAUGCUGUGUGCAUUACCCGCUAACCCUGCAGGGGCCUUGGGACUGGCGGGAUGGGAUGCCAUGACAGGCGGUCCUCGGGGGCGGGGGACCCUGGGGAGUGAGAGGCACAAUCCUCCUGGGCUGAGGAUGGCAGCUGUGGGGGCUGUCCUGCAACAGUGACCAAAUGUUAGGAGUUGUCACAGCCCUGUCAGAGAUGGCCAUUCUUGCAGUUCACUACCUCCAGGGAUGUUUUGCCUGUGGGGUCCUUGUCACCUCUCCAGGGGAGCCACUCUGAUGCCAGUGCAAGGGUCCCCCACAUCAGCCUGUAUUUCUGAGCGACCCUUUCUGGCCUGGUUUGUGUAAACAUAGAAUAAAUUCUUUGACCUCUGUG